UUGAAUUCUUUUCUUCUUACUGUUACUUUUUGGUGAGAGACAAAGAGAGCGGUUCAUAUGCGAUGAUUCGAUUACAUGAAGCCAAAUUGCUACAAAAUCUGCACCGAUCCCUGAGCAAAAGCCUCCCAGAGGCGAUGAAGGUAUAUGGCUCCAUUUUUCACAUUAAUCGUGGAAACCCUUUCAAUCUGGAUGUACUAGUAGACUCCUGGCCAGACUAUCAGACUGUUAUUACCCGGCCUCAGAAACAGGAAAUGAUGGAUGACAAGGAUCACUACAUAAACACUUACCACAUCUUCUCCAAAGACUUCCAGAAAUUGCCAGAGAUCCUUGGAUCUGAUAGUGUCAUCAACUGGAGACAAAGUCUCACAAUCCAAGGUUGCCAAAAUGGUUUACAUGAAAAGAUAAGAGAUAUUGUGGCUUCCAAGUCAAUAAAGAUGGAUUACUCCAAGAGGUUUCUCUACAUAAGAGAUGAUGUUCUGGAAUCUGGUACUGCUAACACAAACAAUCUGCUGAGUUUAUAUGAAGCAAUCUGUUCAGAAAAUGUGAAGUUCAGAAGAAAUAACAACAUCAAACCUUCCCUUUUGGAUGUUUCCCAUGCUGAACUUGUGAAUAACAACUGGAAAUAUGGACAGAAUGAGAAGAGCCUGAGAUUUGUCAAACGCUGCCUCCAAAACUUUCCUGGAUACUGUCUGCUGGGUCCAGAAGGGAACCCCAUAUCUUGGACUAUAAUAGAACACACUUGUGAACUGAGGAUGAGUUAUACCCUACCUGAAUAUCGAAGCAGAAGAAUUACCCAGUGGAUGGGAAUUGGUUAUAUGCAACAUCUGAAAGAGAAUGAUAUGCCAUUUUAUGGUCAUGUGGAGGAGAUGAAUGAGCAAUCCCACAAAUUAGCGAAAUUUCUUGGUUUCCAUCCAAUGGAUUGUGGUUGGCAUGAAUGGAAAUGUGUGCCAGAUGAACUUCUUUAACUACCACUUUUCCAAUCCAAUUAACCUAAUUUCUAAACACUAUUCUCAAUUCUUGCAGUUGCCAUGGGAAACAUCAUCCAUCAGUGUAAACUAACAAUUACUUGGAAAUUGACAAUUUAUUUCCUCUUGAUAGAUAUCAACACAUGAAGAUUUCUGGAAAAAUACUGUCCCUGGAAUCAGAAAAGUCUGAAUUCAAGUCUCACUUAUUUCUAAUAAUAAUUAGAUAAUUAAUAAUAAUAAUAAGGCAAGUCCUUUUAACUUUCCAGGCAGCUACAAAAUAAGCGACUUGGAUUAGUGAAGUGACAAACUCCUUCUAGCUCUCCCAUUCUAUCCAUCUACAUAAGUUUAUAUUGUGAGUGAGGAAUUAGUUUCAGGAGGUAGAGAAAACUGGCUCACUUAUUGCCGUCCUAUAGACACAUUCCCAAAAUGGCUCUAAGAUGACAAAACUCUUUUUUAAUAGCUUUUUAUUUUCAAAAUAACAUGCAAAGAUAGUUUUCAACAGUUACCCUUUCAAAACCUUGUGUUCCAAAUUUUUCUCUCUCCCUCUUUACCUCCCCUCUCUCCUAGACAGCAAUUAAUGCAGUAUAGGUUAAACAUGAGCCAUUCUUCUAUACAUACUUCCAUAUUUAUCUUGUUGUACAAGAAAAAUCAGAUGAAAAAGGAAAAAGAAAAUGAGAAAGAAAAUAAAAGCAAGCAAACAACAACAAAAAAAGUGAACAUACUAUUUUUUUUAAUUUUUAUUUAAUAAUUACUUUAUAUUGACACUCGUUUCUGUUCCAAAUUUUUUUUCCCUCCCUCCCUCCACCCCCUCCCCUAGAUGGCAAGCAGUCCUUUAUAUGUUGGAUAUGUUGCAGUAUAUCCUAGAUACAAUAUAUGUUUGCAGAACCGAACAGUUCUCUUGUUGCAUAGGGAGAAUUGGAUUCAGAAGGUAUAAAUAACCCGGGAAGAAAAACAAAAAUGCAGAUAGUUCACAUUCGUUUCCCAGUGUUCUUUCUUUGGGUGUAGCUGCUUUUGUCCGUCAUUUAUCAAUUGAAACUCAGGUCUCUUUGUCAAAGAAAUCCCCUUCCAUCAAAAUAUGUCCUCAUACAAUAUCGUUGUCGAAGUGUAUAAUGAUCUCCUGGUUCUGCUCAUUUCACUUAGCAUCAGUUCAUGUAAGUCUCGCCAGUCCUCUCUGUAUUCAUCCUGCUGGUCAUUUCUUACAGAACAAUAAUAUUCCAUAACAUUCAUAUACCAUAAUUUACCCAGCCAUUCUCCAAUUGAUGGGCAUCCAUUCAUUUUCCAGUUUCUAGCCACUACAAACAGGGCUGCUACAAACAUUUUGGCACAUACAGGUCCCUUUCCCUUCUUUAGUAUUUCUUUGGGAUAUAAGCCCAAUAGAAACACUGCUGGAUCAAAGGGUAUGCACAAUUUGAUAAUUUUUUGGGCAUAAUUCCAGAUUGCUCUCCAGAAUGGUUGGAUUCGUUCACAACUCCACCAACAAUGCAAUAGUGUCCCAGUUUUCCCGCAUCCCCUCCAACAUUCAUCAUUAUUUUUUCCUGUCAUCUUAGCCAAUCUGACAGGUGUGUAGUGGUAUCUCAGAGUUGUCUUAAUUUGCAUUUCUCUGAUCAAUAAUGAUUUGGAACACUCUUUCAUAUGAGUGGUAAUAGUUUCAAUUUCAUCCUCUGAAAAUUGUCUGUUCAUAUCCUUUGACCAUUUAUCAAUUGGAGAAUGG